GAUUCGUCUAUCGGCGCCUCUCUCUGCCGUGGACCUAGCCAGCGGCCAAAUCCACCCAACACCUGAGCUGGAGCCGUGGUGCUAAUCGAGUCCACUUACUCCGCCCGCGCCGGCCAUGGAGUCUACUUCUUUGGACUCCCGUCUUCGCGAGUCACGCGAGGAUUCCAUUUCAGUCGUUGUGAACGAUCCAGCUAAAGACCCGAGCAAUAACAUCACCACUGUUGCCGCCUCCAAUGCGACCACAGCCACCGAUAGUGAAGAUGCAUCCCUAGAUGCUUCAUCGCCGCAGCAACAGCUGCCGCCUCUAAACACGACUACAACUCCCAACGUUCCGCCUCACACUCCGUCCCACAGUACCUAUCCGCACCCUCUCAACACACCAACUAAUACCGUCGCCAUUGCUCCUACUCCCACUACCGCCUCGGCGACCCCACACGAUCCCAACGAUCCCAAGCGCCCCCGUGCUUGUGAAGCUUGUCGCGGUCUGAAAGUCAAAUGUGAGCCUGACCCGCUCAACCCAGACGGUCCUUGCAAGCGAUGUGCGAAAGCCGGGCGGGAAUGUCUAGUCACACAACCAACGCGGAAAAGGCAGAAGAAGACUGACAGUCGUGUCGCUGAGCUGGAGAAGAAGAUCGACGCUUUGACGGCGAGUCUGCACGCCAGUAGGAGCAACGCAGGAGGGGCACAAUCACAACCGACGUCAACAACGCAUCCUCCUCCUAAUCACUCUGCCGUAGAAGACGAAAAUACAAGAAUCGCGCGAGAGUGGGGUCCGCCCAUGUUUCCUCCCAUGGACCAUGUCAGAGACGGUCGGAAGCCCUCGCCGCCCCAACCAGGGCUGGCCGCUCAAAAACGGAAAUUCGAUGCCACCAAGGAUAUCGAAUCGGAUGAGCAGAAGAACCUGGGCGCGAAGCGGACCUUAGCUUCUGGCGAGGAGCAGUCUUGGUCCGAUAUUGUGGAUCGGGGAAUCAUCACCAUUGACCAAAUGGCCGCUCUCUUUAAAAGAUAUACUGACUCUAUGGCUAUUCACCUCCCAGCUGUUGUCUUCCCGUCCGGCACCACUGCAGCUGAGAUCCGGAUGACAAGACCCAUACUUUUCCUCUCCAUCAUGUCGGUCGCUUCUUCGGAAACGCCUAACAUGCAACGCCAGCUAGUCAAGGAGCUGAUGCAAAUCUUUGCCGACAAGAUUAUCAUGCGCGGCAACAAGAGCCUAGAAUUAGUACAGGCUAUUAUAGUGAGCGUAGUGUGGUACUUUCCACCGGAGCAUUUUGAGGAGCUCAAGUUCUACCAGAUGGUUCACCUUGCUGCUGUUAUGGCCCUAGACAUGGGCCUGGGAAGGAGGAAGAAUAGUCCCAAGUCUAGCUUAAUCCCCUAUACUUGGCGAGAUCACCCCUUCCGGAAACACCCUCUCCCGGAUUCCUCCUCCAUUGAAUCACGCCGAACAUGGUUGGCCGUGUAUUUUCUAGCCUCCAACGUCGCCAUGGCCUUGCAUCGUCCAAAUCUAAUUAGGUGGCAGUCAUUCAUGACGGAGUGCAUGGAUAUUCUCGAGUCAUCGCCUGAAGCGGCGCCUAGUGACAAAUAUCUUUGUCAUUUAGUGUGGACUCACCGCCUGGCUGAAGAAGUAGGCAUUCAGUUUUCAAUGGACGACCCUAGCGUUUUUAUCAAUAUUACGGAACAGAAAGUGCAAUAUGCGCUGCGAGGAUUCGAGAGAGACCUGGUGAAGUACAGCGAGAGCAUACGAGAGGAAGACAAACAACCGUCACUUCUCCUCAGCUUCAGCGUCAUGAGUCUGUAUAUGCACGAGAUCGCGCUGCAGACCAACGAAGAAAGAACGGCACCAUCCAGCGCCGAAGCACUACGCGACCCAAUUCCUGGCCUAAAUGACAGUCUCACCCCCGCCCACAUUAGUGCGCUGUCUUCCUGUCUCACGGCGAUAGACGGAAUUUUCGAGACCUUUCUAGCCCUCGAUGAGUCAACUAUUCGCUGCUUGCCUAUAUUCAAUCUAGUCCGGGUUUCGUACGCAGUAGUCGUGCUUAUCAAGAUCUACUUCAGUGCCACCUCACCUAAUUCCGAGCUUGGGAAAGUAAUUAACAAGGAUAACAUGAAGGUUGCGGAAUAUCUCGAUAGCCUCUACGGCAAGUUUCGGGAUACGGCAGCCUCAGAUAAAUCUCGUCCUGCGAGCAAGUUCCUCAUGGUUCUAGACACGGUGCGCAAUUGGUUUCAUAAGGGUCAACAAGGCCGCCAGAACGGUGAUAAAAACUUAGAUAAUGCCUUGAAGACGCAAGCUUCUCGAAGUAACUCUGUCGCAAAUCAGCGGCCCAAUUCUCAGGACAGCGAGUCCAGCCCCAACACAUCUCACUAUCAACAGCCACAUGUCAAGACCCAGCCCGAGUACAACUCGGCUAACACCCCGCUUCAAUUGCUUUCCGAAAUAGCCACAGGGAACGGUCCUACCCGAAAUUCUUCUCACUACAACAGAACACAAUCAGCUUCUAACCCGAACAACACCUCGAACUAUUCGAACUGGAUGGGUCCCGGGUCCCAAUUGCCGUACAUGUAUGGUCCGAACUCGGGUCUGCCGACAUCAGCGCCUGCAACAGUAGGAUCAACGGGCCAGCCGCUCAGCAACAUGCCCUGGAUGGCCGGACCCUUCGGAGGCGACAUGAACUACCUGAGUAUGGGCGACGGCUUCGAGCAAGCUAUGGACCUCACGCUGACAGGAUUUGGCGGCAAUAGUCCCAGCGACUGGGCCAACUAUGAGAACAGCUGGCGCAUGAUGGCGCAGAACGACACUAAUUUAAUGGCUCCCCUCCCGGAUGAUUUCUCUGCGAACAGCAGGGAUGAAUUCCCGGGGUACUAGCCCGUUGCACACCCUCCCGCGCUGCUUCCUUCUGGGCAUUGUCGUUUUAUAGUGGGAUAGGAGCUAUUACUUAUUUCCAAAUCCUUAGAGACAACUACCUCAUAACUUUCCUCGUUCCAACAACCACCCUCUCACGGCCUUUUCCAGCGCUCGGCUAUUUACAUUGUACCCCUACGGCAGAAAUGUUCUUUUCCGUGUUUCUUCCGAGGCAAGGUGACGCUUUUGGUUUGUCACUGCAUUUGUCAGCGAUCGUGUUUAUUGC